AUGGGCUUGAAACUGUUUAUCAAAACCACGCACUCUUCCGCCCAAGCCAUGGUCGUCGAACUAUCCACCCUUCACCAAUCAAAUGGCAAGGACGAGGUAGUGAACAUCUGCCUGCAAGAAGCUUCGGAGUUCCAGAGCCAAGUUGUGAUCCCUGGUCGCGAGCACACAGAUCAAACCGUGCACGUGCUGACGGAGCAACAUGUUGAUAUUGGGGGUGAAGCACAGAAUUCCAGAAAGAUCACGGGUCAAACCAGCACGUAUGUAGAGCCGUUGGACCUCCAGCGGCGUGAAAGGGGUUCUCGGCAGCCGCAAGGCUGUGGCUCCAACUGUGGCCAUGGCGGCAACGUAGGGGUACGGCCAAACACGGAACCAUUGCUCCUCCGAGUGUAUCUGGCGGGCUGUAGCACUGAUGACGCUGCCGACAAGGGUGUUGCGGCUGGGCAGCCAGUAGCAGUCACCCCUGCUCCACAUCUGAAUGGGAUGGUGUCCGGGUUCCAGGCGACACCAGUAAAUCCAUGUUCACCACACCCUGUUGCUGCACGCUGCGAACCUCUGUCUUGUGCCGCCGCACACCCCUGUCCCCCUCCCUGUCUGUCUGCCGGCCCCGGUCAUGGUGCCCAACCCCAAGCCGCCAGCCAUCCUGGGGGUGGCAGAGCCUGUGAGUCCUCCUCGUUCAUCGGCGUAGUGGGGACUUCGAUCGCGCCGCAGGCGAGCGAAGCGGAUCAGCAGGCCACGCUCAAGCAGAGAGUCAAGAAGUUCCGAGGGAUCCCGUUACUUCUGCGCAAGCUGGACGGCGACACCAUCAAACCCACAGCGACAACGGACACAGGUUCCGACAGCAACGUGAUAAGCAAGGCCCUGGUCGACCUGCUCGGAAUCCAUCUCAACAAGAACGGUGGCGCCACCACCACUACUCAGUUGUCCGUUCUUAACGACAUGAAAGCGGACACUCUGGGCACGGUGGAUCUAGAGUUCUCGGUGUUCUGCAACGGGACCCAGAUGCGCAGGCUCUUCCAUGUGGUCCAAAAAAUCGGGGCCCAUCAGAUGCUUCUCAGCGCCGAAUUGACCAUGGAGCUUGGCCAUUUCUACCGCCUGCCGUGCAAAUGCCACGCGUAA